AAAGUGGAAGGGAAAGGAAGAAUGGCUGAUAAUCGUAAAGUGCAAGCUUUGAUGUCUUUUUGGGGAUACCCUGAAUCGCAAGAGCCUGAUGGUUCGAACAAUGAUGAAAGUGACGAUGAAUUAAGUGAUGAGGAAGAUGUAUUUUCAGUACAAAAGGUAGAUAAAGUUGAAAUUAAAGAAUUGGGUAUAAGUAAUAUAUUGAAAGGAGCUGUGAACAAAGACAAAGUUGAGGACUCGACUAAAAAAAGAGAUAAUGGAACAAUUCAAGAGUUAGACGCAGCAGUUGUAGCAAGGUUAAUGAAAGAAAAUUGGGUUAGCAUAGAUAUGGGGCCAGAU